AUGCGCAUUGCGUUGUUGCUUUUAAGCAGCGCAUGCGCUGUGUUCACCAUCAAUGACGGCUUAACGGACGUGAUACAGGAGACGAUACGGUAUAUGUUGGGUUUCAGUCAUAUGCCAAAUGAGAACACCAAAGUGCCAUUUCGUGUUUCUCACAGAAAUGCCGCAACAAUGCAAGCUAUCUACGAUACCUUUGUGGAAGACGAUGGCUCAGAUGAUGGAAAUGUCGUCCGUGCCAUCGAUCCCGCAAUAGGAAAGUUGGAUGGUCACGAAAUGCUAAUCUUUGACAUAUCUGGAUUUGAGAAAGAACAGAUUAUGCGUGGCGAGCUGCAUUUUUACCUACGUCGCCGUGACGCGUCGAAAUCCGGAAGCGCGCGACAACUGCAAGCGAAAUCGCUCUGCCUUAACGAGUACUGUAACGAAAGUCAGGCGUUGGAGAUGAUAGUGAUCUCUACAGAGAAAGUGGUAUGGGACGUGACGAAACCUCUUGCUGAGGCAAACGCUCUGGCUUCGAAUCAGCUCGUUAUUCGGGUUCGAGGAGGUCGAAAUAAAUCGUAUAAAGACGACAUCUGGCACGGUUUUGGUGAAGAAGAAGAACCGGUCGAGAAAGUAGGAAAGCGACUUCCGAUGUCAAACGACAUUCGCGUUGUACUGCAAGAGGCUGAGGAAGAAGACGCGAGAUGUCAAAAACACGUUACGCUCAUAAAUAUGAAAGUUCUGGGCUGGGAAAAGUGGAUUAUCGCUCCACCAACGUUCGAAGCCGGAUUCUGCUCAGGAAAAUGUCCAAAUCCACUUCCAAAGGAAAUGCAUCCGUCGAACCAUGCGUUACUGCAAAGCUUGCUACACUCGUCGACUGUGCCAGCCGUGUGUUGUUCACCGGAGCAUAUGCGUUCAAUGACUUUGUUCUAUCGUGACGAACUCGGUCGUUCGACCAUUAAGAACUUUGAGAACAUGAUCGUCGAGUCGUGCACCUGCCAAUAG